AUGGCGGUAGAUAUGGAAGUAAUCGAUACAACAGGAUAUGCGCUAGUCCUAGGCACGGACUGGUUGAGGAAAGCGAAGGCCAUUAUCGAUUACCAAGAAUGUAAGCUGAUACUAAAGGAUGACGAGGGGAUAGUGGAAGUCCCUUGCAGAAAUACGAACCCGAUAUCGACGAAUGGCAACGAAGAUGAGGACAGCGAAGACGAAAGUGAAGACACCGAUUCGGACGAAGAAAGCGACAUGACGGAUUUUGCAGAACUAACCUACGAAUUAUCACAGCGAGAGGCCGAUACGAUAUACAAGAUCACUUCUGAGGGGAUACGCACAAGCUCCAAACUCAUCGACUGGGAAACACACGAUUACCUAACAUAUUGUUUCGAUGGCGUCAGAGGGAAAAAGGAUAGAUGUGGAGUGAUGGGACCAAAGACAUACUGCUGGUGCGACCGAUACCUAGAAGCGAAAGAAGACAGGUGUGAGAUAUGCGAAGAACGACUGCAAGACUGGGAAGCCACAUCUGUGCUCCCAAGGGACGAAAUUCGUGAUAUCCGUGCUAACCUGGCACAUGGAGGCAUGGAGAUACUUAAAGAAAAUGAACACAAGCAGCAAGUCAACAAGCUUAUUCAAGAAUUCCCGGAGCUGAUGGCGAACGACAUAUCGUAA